AUGGAUCGGCGUCGCGUGCGCUUAUCGGGUCUGUCGCAUCUACAGAUGCUGAACCUCGCGAAUAACGCCCUGCUCGGCCCGCUCACGACGACUCUCUCUAAGCUGACUCGCUUGCAGCAUCUAGACCUUUCGAGCAAUCUCUUCAACAAAAACCCUAUCUACAUCUGGAGUCUCACGCAGCUUACUUACCUCGACAUCUCCAAAACACUCGUGAGCGGCCCGCUUUCGCCGUCCAUCGGCGCGCUUACCAACCUCAAGGUUCUAAAUGUGUCCAAUACCUACCUCUCGGGAGCGAUUCCCGACGAGUUCAGUAGCCUCGUGGAGCUGCAGUUCGGCCAUUUCGACCGAUGCUUCUUCACGGACCUGCCGGCUAUGUUCCCGGAAAUAGACGGCAGCGCGUCUAAUCUGACGUUCUCGGCAAGCGCGAAUCUGUUAGCCGGCAUGCCCAUCACUUUCCCCGCGUCGGGCGCAGGCGUCAUCGCGAUGGACUUGGCGGGGAACCACAUCGCGUCGCUCCCGACGGAAAUCGUGCUAAUGAGCGACCUCACGAGCCUCAACCUUGCUGGGAACGGCGUCGAGGGACAGAUGGCGGACUAUGACUGGCCGAUCCUCGAGAACAUCGAAGGGCUGUUCGUCGGGCGGAAUAGGCUAGCAGGCGAGGUCCCCGUGUCUGUAAGCACGCUCACGAAGCUCAAGUACUUCCAUUUCGGCGCCAACGCGCUCAACGGUUCCUUGCCUGAAGAGCUGGGUAACCUGUCGGAGCUCCUAAGCUUGGACCUAAGUGGUAACGCGGACCUAGGAGGCUAUUUUCCGGUCAGUAUCAACGACCUGCCGAAUCUGACCCGGCUGGUGCUCUCAGGAGACAGCUUCACGGGGCCGCUGCCGCAGCCGGCGCUGGGAGCCCUCAGCACCUUUGUUCUGGACGUGCGGAACAACUCGUUCUCGGGGUCGCCGAUUAUCCAUGGUGUUUGCCCCGCGGAUUACCCCACGCGGCUGAAGGUGGAGGAAAAUUGCUUGGAUGAAGAGGCAGGGCUGCUGAAGGUGAAGAGAGGCGGGAUCCCUAAGGGGGAAGAGGCGGGAUUGCUAAGGGGGAAGAGGCGGGGCUGCUGCGGGGAGAGAGAGGCGGGGUUGCUUUGGGUGGAGAGGCAGGGCUGCUGUGGGGGAAAGAGAGGGGCGGCUGCUGCAGGGGAAGAGAGAUUGUUGAGAAAUGAGAAGAGGGAUUGUUGUUGGGAAAUGAGGAGUGUGGGGGGGAGAGGAGUGCCUGCUGUGCAUGGGAGAGGAGGUGCUGCUGUGAGAAAAGAGAGCAGUUGUGGAGCCACAGGUGGGGGCCUUGCUGUGGGAGAAGUGGUGGUUAUGAACUUUGGAGGCAAAAUGGCAUGGAGGGAUACGCUGAAGCCGCGGGAGGUACGGAAGGCGAGCGACGGCAUCAAGCAAAGACCGGAGUUCAAGAACGUUCAUGACUUGAUCGACAAAUACCUUAAGCAAGCUAUUCCCCUCACAGACGUCACCAUUUUAAUACCAGUGGGCAUCGCGCAGCUGUACGCAUACACCUCGGAUCAGCAAACGACGAUCAUAUCGUACAAUAUCAUCACCACGCGCUAUCUCUACCGCAACUUCACCAACAUGAAGGGCGGUGCGUCGCUCGACACGCUGGAAGGAAGCACCGUCACCAAGCGCGGUCCCAACUACCAGCCAGUUGUGGGUUUCCAGGGCACGGGCGCGACUCUUUGGAGCAUGCUGAUCAUCCCCAACUUGUGGGUGGGGUCGGACUUCACGAUCCAAGGAACCACGACGCUCCUCAUCCCCGCCGACUUCGGCGCGGAGGCGAUACGGAGAGCGGAGCUGCAGCAAGCCAUCGCGCAAAUCAAUCAGCGAGCCGAGUUUGCGACCGUGAAAGACGUCAUCAGCCAAUGGCUAUCAGCGCUCACAUCACUCUCAGACGUCACCAUCCUCCUCCCGCUCUCCCCCGAGGUCCUCUCUUUCAUGAAAACCGCCUUUUCGCCGACCAAGCGAGAUCAAAUCCUGGCCUUCCACGUCAUCACCAAACGCUACUCCUACGCCAAUCUCACGUCCCUUCCGGGCGGCACCGAGUUGGAAACUCUUGAAGGCAUGCCGUUAAUUAAACGCGGCCCGAAUUUCCAACCGCUAACGCUCUUUCAAGGCCGAGAACUCAUCCCAUCGCUCGUCAUUGUGCCAAAUAUUUUCGUUGGGUCGACUUUUUCGAUUCAUGGCAUCAGUACAGUGCUAAUUCCACCGGAUUUAUGA